AGUAAAUGACACUCUCAUUGGCUGCUGGAUGUCUGCCGGUGGGAGCGGGCCUUUUGGAGGAGACCGGAAGAGGAGUUACUGACAGGUGAUCAGAAAUGGAGAGAAAAGUAAGCAGAAUCUAUCUUGCUUCUGAACCUGAUAUAAUUCAUUUUCUCCAAGUUGCUUGGGAAGAAACACUAGGAUCUGGUUUUGUUAUUACACUUACUGAUGGGCAGGCAGCAUGGACUGGGACAGUUUGUGAAUCAGAGAUUUCCCAAGAAGCUGAUGACAUGGCGAUGGAAAAAGAGAAGUAUGUUGAUGAACUGAGAAAAGCAUUGGUGUCAGGAGCAGGACCAACUGACACAUACAAGUUUAAUUUUUCAAAAGAGUCUUGUCAUUUCUCCUUUGAGAAAAACUUGAGAGAUGUUUCAUUCAGACUUGGUUCCUUCAACCUAGAGAAAGUUGCAAACCCAUCUGAGGUCAUUAGAGAACUUAUUUGUCAUUGCCUGGACACCAUUGCAGAAAACCAAGCCAAAAAUGAGCACCUGCAGAAAGAAAAUGAAAGGCUUCUGAGAGACUGGAAUGAUGUCCAAGGACGAUUUGAAAAAUAUGUGAGUGCUAAGGAAGCUUUGGAGACUGAUCUUUAUAAACGGUUCAUUCUGGUGCUGAAUGAGAAGAAAGCAAAGAUCAGAAGCUUACAUAAAUUGUUAAAUGAAGUUCAAGAACUGGAAAAGAACAUCGAACAUAAAAGGGAAACUCCAACAUGUUCUGAAAUGACUACUGACAGAGAUGCAAUCUAUGAUGAAAGUACUGAUGAGGAAAGUGAAAUCCCACCUAAUCCCUCUGUGUUAAGUCCAGCUACUGUAAGAAGAGAUGAUUCCAUUAUUUCAAGUCCUGAUGUCACUGAUAUUGCACCAACUAGAAAGAGGAGGCAGCGGAUGCCAAAAAAUCUUGGGACAGAGCCUAAAAUGGCUUCUCAGGAGCAUCAACUUCAAGAAAAGGAAAAGCUUGAUCCUCCACUACCUGAGAUGCUGAAAAAGGAUCACAGCCCAGCUGAAAACAUGUCUUUAGAAACUCUAAGAAACAGUAGUCCAGGAGACCUCUUUGAUGAGAUUUAAUUGUCUCAAAAAGUACUUUGAUGUUCACAAGACUGUGUUUUCUAUUCAUUUCCUUAAACGGCAAAAGAAAAAUUUCAACUCAGCA